AACAAAAUGGCUGCGCCCAGUUUAGACAUGGCAUGUGAAGAUUUGUCGGCUUUUCAAGAAUCUUUACGAGCAAUGCGGAAGAUUGAUGACAAUAUAGUUCAUGCACUAAAUACUACUAUACCUACUGCUUCAUUUGCUGAUAAAGCUAGUGCAACUUCUCAGUGCCAAGAUUUAUAUAAACAGUUGUUGCAAUCAUACGAAAAAAGGGAAUCUGUUAUAAAGAGCUGCAUUAGCGAAACAUCCAAAGAAGUGCGAACUCUGAAAGACAAACGAGUAAAUGAUCCGGAUAAUUUUGAACUUUUGAAAGAGCUUAGGAAAGUACAAACAAAAUUUCGCCUUAUGCAAAAUGAACUAAAUAUUGAAGAAAUUGUCAAAGAUAGGAGUUUAAAGGUUUUCUAUGAAAGAUGUCGAUCAUAUUAUAAACCACCAGAACUAAAACUGUGACAGUGGUAAAGUUAGAUGGAUGUUAAAAAAAUUUGUUAGUGACAGCCUUUUAGAAAUGUACAUAACUAAGACUUUUUGUGAAUUUGAUCAUGAAGUUUUGUAGUUUUGACCCAUAGUCAUUGAAUCAUGAUGUAAUCAACUUUAAAAUAUUUUCUAUUCAUUUUAUGUUAACAUUUGUGGUCAGAGAACAUGUUAAUCUAUAUUUUGAAUGAAAUAACAAAAAAUGAAAAUAAAUUCAAUCUUUCUUA